GCUGGGGGCUCAUCUCUGGGCUGCCUGUGGCACAUUCUGCUUCCUCCUCAUCCAUCUCCUAAGCAGAAAUCUCUAGACCUUAGCUGUCAGUAGAAGGAAGGGUUUAAGAGGUUUGGUCUGAACGUGUUGGUAUGGCUGAAAGUACCUAGGGGUUGGCUUUCCAUGUGCUUCUCCAUCCCAAAAAUAACCCCACAAAAAAAGCAGUGAGACGUGGAGUGCCCUCAGAAACCCUUGUGCCAGGGCACUGUCAUGGUCUAAAACACCCUCUCCCCCUGCAGCAGCAUGGUCCCCAUGAACCACCCGAUACUCAUCUCUGAAAUGCUGGUGAUAAACUGAGAUCCUGACAGCAGGUUGACUUGUUUUCUGCCUCCUCUACCUUUGCAGCUGCACCCCAGCUCUUGCACAACCCUCGCCUCCCCGGGCCCCACUCCACUGCAGCUCAAAAAUAGUAUUUCCUCCUUUUCUGCAUGAGUUCUUUUAUUUGUGUAGCUCUGCUUUUGGCACCUGCGUGAUCACCACACUCCUGCCAGACAAACCACACUGGGUUCACUCACAUCCUUUGGGGUGAUGCCAGAAGGAGCCCGGCAUGCCGUACCUGGACCGCCAGAACCGUAUCUGCGGCUUCCUGGACAUCGAGGAAAAUGAGACUUGUGGGAAGUUUCUGCGGAGGUAUUUCAUCCUGGACACCCAGGCCAACCACCUCCUGUGGUACAUGGACAAUCCUCAGAACCUGGCCAUUGGAGCAGGUGCUGUGGGAUCUCUGCAGCUGACCUACAUCUCCAAGGUUAGCAUUGCCACCCCCAAACAGAAGCCUAAAACUCCCUUCUGCUUUGUCAUCAACGCUCUGUCCCAGCGCUAUUUCUUGCAAGCCAGUGACCAAAAGGACCUGCAGGACUGGGUGGAGGCGCUGAACAGGGCCAGUAAGAUCACGGUGCCAAAGGGUGGCAGCGUCCCCCCGGCCACAGAAAUCACCAAGCCUCCAGUGGUGGCCCAGGCCCAGGAGAGGAAGCCCCAGGUGGCCUACAAAACUGAGAUUGUUGGGGGGGUGGUGGUCCACACACCCAUCUCCAUCAACCAGGACGCUGGGGAGGGCAGUGAGGUGGCUGCACACCCUCUGCUGCGGCGCUCGCAGAGCUACAUCCCCCCCUCGGCCACCAAACCUCCUGCAGGGCCCCCCGUGCUCAAGAGUGGCUUCUGUGUCAAGCAGGGGAACGUGAGGAAGAGCUGGAAGCGGCGGUUCUUCGUCCUGGAUGAGUUUUCCAUCAGUUACUACAAGUGUGAGCAGGACAAGGAGCCUCUGCGUUCCAUCCUCCUGAAGGAUGUUUGCAAGAUCCACGAGUGCCUGGUCAAGUCUGGUGACCUCCUGAUGCGAGACAACCUCUUUGAAAUCAUAACGAGCUCCAGGACCUUCUACAUCCAGGCAGACAGCCCCGAGGACAUGCACAGCUGGAUCCGCGCCAUCACCGCGGCAGCGCAGGCCCUGAAAACGCGCCCCCGGGAGAUGUCCUUUGCGAGGUGCAGCUCGGUGGCCCGGCCCGGGGGCCCCUCGGUGCCGCGGCCGCCGGCGGAGGAGCGGCGGGGGGGCAGGGACCCGCCGGCCGUGCCCGGGGAGAGCCAGGGCCGGGCCGGGCCCGGCGCGCGCCUGCGGCACCGCUCGGAGCCGCAGCAGCUCCGGGAGAAGCCGCUCGCCUUCGACCUGGACGACGAGAGCAUCCGCACCUCGGACGUGUGACGGGCACCGAGCCGGCCCCGGCACCGCCCUGCCUGCCGGGGUCCCUGUGCUGCUUGGGGUGCUCAAGGGGGCCCCUCCCUCCAGCACAGCCUGCCCUUGCUGCAGGAUCCGUCUGGAGCCCGGGCUGGAGCCCUGCCCUGCAGGGAGCGGGGUCCCUGUGCUGCUU